CAACUUAAGUUCAAUAGCAACACUAACAACUCCCCAAUCCUUUACCUUCUACCUUUAGUUAUGGCUGCCAGUAUCGUGAGAGCAUCAUUGAACAAAUUCAGCUGGUUUGUCGUUUUGGCAAUGGCUCUCCACCAUCAUAUCUGUUCAGAAGCCAUUGCCCAGCAAGUUCCAUGCUUCUUCAUUUUUGGCGACUCUCUUAUGGACAACGGGAACAACCACCAACUCAAAACUGUGGCUAGAGCCGAUUACCCGCCUUACGGGAUAGACUUCCCCGGCGGCCCUUCUGGCCGGUUCUGCAACGGCAGAACCCCCGCUGAUGUUCUUGCUGAGCUACUGGGAUUCGACCAUUACAUGCCUCCCUUUACUGUUGCCAGCGGGUUGGAGGUACUGAAGGGAGUGAACUACGCAUCGGCGGCUGCCGGCAUACGGGAGGACUCCGGGGAGGAACUGGGAGGAAGGAUACCCUUCGGCGGCCAAGUGGAGAACUACAAGAAAACGGUGUCGCAGAUAGAGACGUUACUUGGAGAUGAAGUCACCGCGGCCAAGCACUUGAGCAAGUGCAUUCACUCGGUUCUGAUGGGUAACAACGACUACAUCAACAACUAUUUCCUGCCAGAGUUUUUCUCCACGGCGCAGCAGUUCACCCCGGUGCAGUAUGCCGACGACCUCAUCCGGAGAUACAACAAGCAACUCAAGGUUAUGUAUAGCUAUGGCGCUAGGAAGUUCGCGUUGCAAGGGUUGGGACAGAUUGGGUGUGCCCCUUUUAAACUGGAUGGUCCGAAUGGAACAGCCUGUGUGCAGAACAUCAACGAUGCGGUUCAGAUCUUCAACCGCAAGCUGAAAUUGCUGGUUGAUCAGUUGAACCAGGACACCCCGGAUGCUAAGUUUAUCUACCUUGACACCUAUGGGAUUUUCAAAGAACUGCUCGACAACCCAGUACCCAAGGGGUUCACGAUGACGAAUGAGGCGUGUUGCGGGGUGGGGAAGAACAAUGCUCUGCUUACAUGUCUACCGUUUCAAACUCCAUGCGAGAAUAGGAAUCAAUACUUGUUCUGGGAUUCGUUCCACACGACGGAUGCGGCCAACGAAUAUGUGUCGAGGAGGAGUUAUAGGGCCGAGUCGCCAAGUGAUGCUCAUCCCUACGACAUUAGCCGCCUCGCACAAGUCUGAUGGGAUUCUCUGGACAUGGAGAUCAGCUCUUCAUUUGUAACUGUAGUGCCCUCGUAUGGUUAGAAAUUUCACUUUGCUUAAGUUCAUCCGAACCGGUUUGUUGUUUGAAAUCUUGACAGUCGGUUGUUAUGGAAAUAAAUUUAGAUCUAAGGA